AUGAAGAAGAUCGAUGGUGAGCGCCGUGUUGCAGAUGCGAGGUUCUGUAUCCACAACGGAAAACGAGAGAGAGAGCGAGCCUUGAAGAAAAAUUUAAGAGGAGCAAGAGAAGAAGAAGAAACAGAGCCUUCUCCAAGUCUCUUUUUUUUCUCUUUCUUUUCUUUUUCUCUCUUUUUUGCUCCUCUUCCUUUUUUUCCCUUUAACAUGACUUCCCAAGAGCGUGGAAAGAUGAUGCUCCGUAUCCACCAGGCAGGCAAGGGUGGGUCUUCCUCCAUCCAGAGAGAUAUCAGAGAUAUAUAUGUUUUUUUAUUGUUGUUGUUUUUUUUUUUUCCAUAUAUUCUGGCACUCAUAGGAGAGGGAGUCGACCUAGGUGUAAAAGAGAAGAGAUGA